GCAGCACGCGCUCAUCACAGCUUGAUCCGCAGCACCUGCGGCUCCUCAAAGGUCCCGCUCCCUCGCGUGCCACCGACCUCUCACUGUUCGAUCGCGAGCGGCACACUCGCCACGCAGCUCCGUGAUUGGCUCAAUCACGUGCCAGUUUACUUAGAGGCUCCGUUUCCCGCCAUCGCCCCCCUUAACGCGUGAGCGCGCGCAUCAGCACACGCCGCUAAUUUAUAAACCGAAUUAAGACAUCCUCUCCAGCCGUCAUGGCAGUCAGGCUGUGUGAUGUGGCUUCUCUUCUGAGAAGUGGCUCGUGGGCAGCCGAGCCGUGGACUGGGCAGGUGAUCGCUGCCAUGGAGACGCAGCUGUCCAAUGGGCUGAGCUGUACAUCCAACAACGGUCCCAACAGCGUCUCUAACAACUGCACGUCACCUGUGGAGAUGCCCAACGGUACCGAGGACAGUAAAACCAACCUGAUCGUGAACUACCUGCCACAGAACAUGACGCAGGAGGAGCUCAAGAGUCUGUUCGGCAGCAUCGGAGAGAUUGAGUCCUGCAAACUUGUGCGGGACAAAAUCACUGGUCAGAGUCUGGGUUAUGGCUUUGUGAACUAUGUAGAGCCCAAAGAUGCAGAGAAAGCCAUCAACACUUUAAAUGGUCUCCGACUGCAGACUAAAACAAUUAAGGUGUCGUUUGCUCGACCGAGUUCGGCCUCCAUUCGUGACGCUAACCUGUACGUGAGCGGUCUUCCUAAAACCAUGACCCAGAAAGAGCUGGAGCAGCUCUUCUCUCAGUACGGCCGCAUCAUCACCUCCAGGAUCCUCGUGGAUCAGGUCACAGCUGAAAUACAGUUUUUGUCUGUUUUUGGCAGUAGAUUCUCACCCAUGACCAUUGACGGGGUCACCAGCCUGGCAGGCAUCAAUCUCCCGGGUCACGCUGGCACAGGCUGGUGCAUUUUUGUGUAUAAUCUGGCGCCGGAUGCUGACGAGAACAUCCUCUGGCAGAUGUUUGGCCCGUUUGGUGCGGUGACUAAUGUAAAGGUCAUACGAGACUUCAACACAAACAAGUGCAAAGGAUUUGGCUUCGUGACCAUGACAAACUACGACGAGGCUGCUGUAGCAAUUGCCAGUUUGAAUGGGUACCGGCUCGGGGACCGGGUUUUACAGGUCUCCUUCAAGACAAACAAAACACACAAGGCCUGAUUGUGUGACAUUAUGCAAACGUGACUUUACAUAGAUGGCAGGAAAUAUUUCAUGUUUUUUUUUUGUUUUGUUUUCUUAAAAUAGUUUACGUUUUAAAACAUGCGUUUCAAGAUUUAAGUAGAAUAACAGCUGACUGUUUAAGUUUGUUUAUUUUGGUGUAUAAUGUCGAAGGUGACCUCCAUGAGGCUGAGAUGGAGAGCUUUCCCGUGUCGGUGUUCCCGUCUCUCCUCAUGAGCGUCUGCGGUGCAAUCCACUGCAUGUGUGUGCAUGAAUCUUUAGUUUAACUUUUUCAGUUUUCUUUGUGCUAAUGACUAUCUUUAUGUUAAAUAUUUAAAUAAGUAUAAAACAAGAUGUACAUGUUCUUUUCUGUUUGAAAUUUUUUAUUUUGUUUUUAUUGUUCAGUACAUCAAUAAACAUGUUGAAG